AUGAGUCAGGUACUUCUUAUUCUGAUUCUUGAGUUUGAUAAUGAUAGGGUAGAUGAACCAAAAGUUGAACUGAUAGGUGAAAUGAUACAGAAGAAGUUAGGCCACUUACUAGGCUCAAAUUUUUGGGGUUUAGGAGAUGAUUUUGAUAAUAACAGUGAUGAAGAUUUGAAUAAUAACGUAGGUUAUGAUGGAAAUGGGAAUAAAAAGUACCUUCUGUUCAAUCAUCAAACCGAUAUGAGGAACCCUAUAUUGAUAAAGGGUUUGGUUUUCCCUAGCAGAGAUAUUUUAAAAGAUGCAGUCAAACAAUAUGGGAGGAUAAAUAGGGUAGUAACCAAACUAACUAGGAAUGACAAGCUUAGGGUGAAAGCAGUCUGUGUACCUAGUUGUCCAUGGACAUUGUGGGCAUCCAAAUUAAGUCCCAAGGAUCCAAUGGAUGCGAGUUGGCAGAUUAAGACCUUAAUCAAUCACCAUAAAUGUGGCAAGGGAUAUUAUGGUGGACAUUUGCUUGCUGCUGUUGGGGUUGAUGCCAAUGAUUAUAUAUAUCCAGUGGCCUUUACUGUAGUUGAGAGUGAAAACAAACAUUCAUGGUUUUGGUUCCUUAAGCUAUUACAGAAGGAUUUGGAGAUCAACAACUCCUAUAAUAUAUGCUUCAUGUCUGACAAACAAAAUGGUUUAAUAGAAGUGAUUUUUGUGUUGUUCCCUAAUGCUGAAAAAGCUGCUAAAGUAACUUUUCCAAGACAAUUUGAAGAAGCAAUGUCUGAAAUGAGGUCACUAUCAAAAUCUGCUGAGGCUUGGUUGCAUGGAAAGAAUCCAAGGACUUGGUCAAGAGCCCACUUCUCAACCAAACACAAAUCUGAUCUGCUACUGAACAACAACAGUGAAUGUUUCAACAAGAUCAUUUUAGAAGCUAGAGAUAAACCAAUCUUAACGAUGUUGGAAAUAAUUAGAAGAAAAGUCAUGACUAGGUUGGUUUCCAUGAGGGAGGCUGCUGAGAAGUAUCCUGGACCUUUAUGUCCAAGGAUACAGAAGAAGUUGUCUGAAAUUGUUAAUCAAUCCAAUAAUGUAUGGCAAGUAUAUGCUGGAAACGAGAAGUAUGAGGUAAAUUGUGGAUUAGGCAACAAGUAUGUAGUUGACCUCCUUAACUCCUCUUGUUCAUGCAGAAAAUGGGACUUCUCAGGAAUCCCACGCAAGCAUGCUAUUUCUUGCAUGCAACUACUGGCUGUGAGCCCCGAAACUUAUGUCAAUACAUGUUAUAUUGUCACUACCCAGUUGAAUAUUUACAGCCACUUGAUUAACCCUGUAAAAGGUCCUAUACAAUGGGAACAUGCGAAGGACAUGGAGCCUAUUCUUCCUCCUAUGAUUAGAACGCCUUUAGGAAGACCCAAACAAACAAGGAGGAAAGAAGUUGAUGAAGCAAGAAAAAGUGGACCAAAAUUAAACAAGACAGGACAACAAGCUAACUACACUAAAUGUGGCAAAACAGGCCAUAAUAAAAGGACUUGCAAAGGUAUUUUCGGGGGAACCCAAAUGGCAAACCAGUCAUCGAGCCUACAAAUUUUGAACCAAGCCACUUCAAUGGAUAACACAGCAAGCCAACCAUUCUUAAGCCAACAAAGCUCAAACCUUCUAGCAAAUUUUAGGGCCAAAUUACCUUUCAAAAGGAAUAAUCCACUUGGUCAAUGA